AUGGCUCCCAAGCGCAUCGCCAUCGAGAGGUCCUCCCGCCGCGCCCCCAAGGGUUUCCUCGGCGCUACCUACGACGCCCUUACCUCGUCCGACAACGCCGCUGUUGUCCGCAGCAUUGGCAUCUUUGGAAUCGCUGUGACGUUCCUCGCUAGCUCCUGGGGCGAGAUUCUUCUGCCUCCGGGCCUCGAUGACAAAAAGAUCAUGUAUAUCUGCUCCCUCCCCGUCCAAGACCGUCCAUUCUACGAAUUCGCAGACGGUGCAGCCCAAACCAUCGGCCCAGAGACAGUCCAUGAACACGACACACUCGCUACCGCUCUCUCCGACCUCGUCCCUGAGCCAAGAGCCACAGACUCCGGCAUAUGCCUUUCAGCGCCAGACUAUAUCACAAACAAAUGA